AUGUCUCCCCCAGCUGCCAUCUUCGAGCACACCGUGGCUCCCACUGCUGGUCUCAAGGGCAAGGUCGUGGUCCCCGAGACUGUUCCUGCUUCUGGAACCUCUCAGACUCACCUGUUGGACCACUUUGGCGGCAAGUGGGAUGACUUCAAGUUUGCUCCCAUCCGGGAGAGCCAGGUCUCCCGCGCCAUGACCCGCCGCUACUUCCAGGAUCUAGACAAGUAUGCUGAGAGUGACAUUGUCAUUGUCGGUGCCGGCUCCUGUGGUCUGAGCACUGCCUAUGUGCUGGCCAAAGCUCGUCCUGACCUGAAGAUUGCCAUCGUUGAGGCCUCCGUUUCUCCUGGUGGUGGUGCUUGGCUCGGUGGCCAGCUGUUUUCCGCCAUGAUCCUCCGCCGGCCCGCUGAGCUCUUCCUGAACGAGAUCGGCGUCCCGUACGAGGAAGAUGCCAACCCCAACUAUGUCGUGGUCAAGCACGCCUCCCUCUUCACCUCGACCCUGCUGUCUAAGGUGCUCUCCUUCCCCAAUGUCAAGCUCUUCAACGCCACUGCUGUUGAGGACCUGGUGACCCGCCCCUCGGCCAGCGGCGAUCCCAAGGAGACCCGUAUCGCCGGUGUGGUUGUCAACUGGACCCUCGUCACCCUCCACCACGACGACCACUCCUGCAUGGACCCCAACACCAUCAAUGCCCCCUUGAUCAUCAGCACCACCGGCCACGACGGCCCCUUCGGCGCCUUCUGUGCCAAGAGACUCGUCUCCAUGAACGCCGUCGACAAGCUCGGCGGCAUGCGCGGCCUUGACAUGAACUCCGCCGAGGAUGCUAUCGUCAAGAACACCCGCGAGGUCACCAAAGGUCUCAUCAUUGGCGGUAUGGAGCUGUCCGAGAUCGACGGCUUCAACCGUAUGGGCCCCACCUUCGGCGCCAUGGUGCUCAGCGGUGUCAAGGCCGCCGAGGAGGCUCUCCGUGUCUUUGACGAGCGCCAGCGCGAGUGUGCCGAGUAA